AUGCUCCUGGGCGGCAUCUCGUUUGACUGUUUCGCCAUACCCGCGCCGCUAGACCUGCUGGACUACUGGAUUGACAAAGAGAGCGAUGCUGCCUAUGCGCGUCUGCAGGAGGCACCUGAGAAGCUGGGGGAUAUUUUCGGUGUCGCUCCUUGA